GAAGGAGAAAGACCAAUGUAUUGUAGUCCAACUCAUCCAGCUUCAUGUCCAGUAGGUUAUCGAUGCAAAACAGCGGUCAAUGAGCCGGACACUUUCGUUUGUUGCUCGAUGGAUUUGCCGGAGACAUGUCCACAAAAUUUUAUUCCAGUUUUUGACAAUACACGUUGCUCACCGAACAACCCCACUACGUGUCCUGGCGGAUCUAUUUGUGUCGAAUCACGGGUUGCUCGCAAUAUGUUCGUUUGUUGUCGCCGUGCAGAAUCACCUAUCGUCUGUCCGAAUAACCAAGAGCCAUUGCUAUUUCCAAAUGGAAAAGUAGAGACUUGUUCAGGAGCAGGAGCUGUAUGCAGUAAGGCAGGAUAUACUUGUGAAGUAUCGCUAGCAAUGUCUUCAUGGAUUUGCUGUGCUCACAAAGCAAUUGCAGCGACAUGCUUUGAUGGAAGGGAGACAUUUUAUCAAAUUCAAGCAGGAAAAUAUCCAUCCGGAUGUCCAGUAAACUACGAAUGUGCACCAUCUAAUGUUAAUGGGAUUUCCGUUUGCUGCAAGAUUGAGGUCACAUUCGGUUGUCCUAUAGGAUGGAACCCUUAUCGAAAUGAAAUCGAUAGCAAAUUUCAUUUUUGCCGAAAUGUUCUUGACAAUAACUGUCCAACCGGAUUUUCGUGCACUCAGUCAACUCAAGUGGGAAUAUUUAUAUGUUGUCGAUUCGGAGCCACUUUAAAUUGCGCACCCGGUUUUCGAACUCUACUUUCGAAUAAUCACCCGAGACUUUGCAAUAAUGUUCAGGCGAAUAUAUGCCCGACGGGAUACACCUGCAUGCGGUCCACUGUCGUAUGUUUUCUUAAAUCAACUCCUAUUAAGUUCGCAAAUUCUGAUAAUCUCAAUUUUUAA